AUACGGUCAUACUGUAUAUCGUCGGUUUUAGCUGGUGUAGGGUCAUAUUUUUGCCGGGCGUGCUGAUGUCCUUUUUCGGGUGAAGCCAAGUCAUUUGCCAGCCGGCGAUCGCAGGCAACACAAGUACAGGAUGUGGCACGAGGCGAGGAAACAGGAGCGCAAGAUCCGUGGCCUGAUCGUCGAUUACCGCAAGAGGGCGGAGCGGCGGCAGUACUUCUACGACAAAAUUCAGGCAGAUCCCACCCAGUUCCUGCAGCUGCAUGGCCGGCGUAGCAAGAUCUACUUGGAUCCCGCGGUGGCCGCCGCCGGCGAUGGAGCCGCAAUCAUUGUGCCUUGGCAGGGUCAGCAGGACAACCUCAUCGACCGCUUCGAUGUACGCGCCCAUUUGGAUCACAUUCCUCCCGUGAACAAGACCAACGCCGAGGGGGCGGAUGGUGACUCCGAACUGACCCUCGAGGAGCGUCAGCUAAACUACGAGCGCUAUCGCAUCCUGGCGCAAAAUGACUUUCUCAACGUCAGCGAGGAUAAGUUUCUGCACCAACUCUACCUGGAGGAACAGUUUGGGGCCAAUGCCCAACUGGAGGCGGAACGGAAUCUUGCCAAAAAGAAGCAGAAGACGGGAGGAGCCACAAUUGGCUACUCCUACGAAGAUACCGGCGAUGGAGCGACCAUUGGACCUCAGCCCUUUGGAGCCGCCGGUUCGACAGCCAUUGGUGGAGCGGCAGUUGUUGCAAAGGGAGAGAAGGGGGAUGGCAGUGAAGAAUCGGAUUCUGACAUCGACAUGGAUGUGUCGAUAGACAUCGGCAAGCUGGACACCUCGCAAGCCCAUGAGCUUAACGCCUGCGGCCGCAACUACGGCAUGAAAAGCAACGACUUCUUCUCACACCUCACUAAGGAUGCUGACGAGGCGGAUGCCCUGCGCAUAGCGCGCGAGGAGGAGCAGGAGAAGAUGCUGCUCAGCGGGCGCAAGUCAAGACGCGAGCGUCGGGCCCAGAAGGAGAGAAGGAUCGCCAAUAGACCAUUCAGUCCGCCAAGCUAUGCUGCCAAGGAGGACAAGGACAAAAAAGGUGGUGGCAAGGGCGGUGAGAAAGAAAAGGAGGAGGACAGCGAAUCGCGUUCGCCUUCGCCCGCAGAAGCAGGUCCCGAGAAGAUAACCUACAUUACCUCGUUUGGCGGCGAGGACGAAAUGCAGCCGCACUCCAAGAUCACCAUCAGCCUGACGAAGCCAGGUCUGACCCUGGGUGAAUCGUGCAUCAAUGCCAGUAGCGGAGCGGCAAUUGCCGCCGCCGCAGCAUCUUCGGUUUCCUAUGCUCAAAAGGUGAAAGAUAAUCUGGACAAGUUAAAAGUGAUGAAUGAGUCGUCCAAGCGCAACAGGCGUCGAUCCCGCUCGCACUCCCGCUCUCGUUCCAGGAGUGCCUCAAGGAGUCGCAGUGGUAGUCGUCGGAGUGGCAGUCGUCGGAGAAGUCGCCGCAGUAGAAGCUAUCACAGAAGGAGCAGAACGCGUUCUCGUCGCCGACGAAGGUACUACUCCAGAUCAAGAUCCAGGUCGAGAUCAAGAUCCCGCUCGCUGUCAAGAUCCAGAUCCAGGUCUCGCAGUCGAUCGCGAUCCGGUUCCUGGAAACGCUAUAAGGCGCGCAGUCCAAGCUACAAGCGCUCUAGAAAGCGCUACUCCUAUUCCUCUCGCAGCUCCAGUGGCAGCUCAUACAGGCGAAGAAGUCGCUCCCGAUCCCCCUCCAGCCGAAGGAGUCGCGUCAAGAAGAAGACCACACCUCCUCCAGUGGCGACCGUGGGUGGUUAUUGCUUGAACACCACCACGACUACAACUACAUCCACUGUAACGGCGGUAAAGAUGAUCCAGCAGCAGCAGCCGCCGGCCAAAGCAACGCCACCCAUGAUCAGCUAUCCCAUACCUGCGCGAAUGCUCAAUGUAAGCCAAGCACUCACAGCUACCGCACCCGUAGCUGUGCAACCACAAGUGGUAGAGCCACCACCACCGCCUUUGAAACGCUACUAUGGCCGAAAAAGAGCCAACGAUACCUCCUCAUCUUCGUCGGGAGCGGAAAACAGCGAAGGCAGCGACAACGAGGAGCAGCAACAACCACAAUUGGGAAAGCGAGCUGAGGACUCCGAUGAUAUGGAAUUGGAUACUGCGUCGGAGCGUUCCCACGCCCUCCAGCCGACCAUGUCGUCAUCGAGCAGCACGGGUAAUCAAACAGGCAAAUAUAGUUCCGCUACCGAAACCAAAGGCUCCGGACAUCCGAGUUCUGGUGGUGGCGGACGGCCCAAUCUGCGCGAGCGGCUUAAGAGAAAGAUGCAGAACCUUUUGAACCGGCAAUAUAAAGCCGAUAAGCGUGCGGAAAUCGAAAAGACCGAGCGGGAACGACUGCAACAGCAGGAGCGCGAGGAUGAGAUGCGAGAACUGGCACUGAAGCUGCGCAGAAGGCGCCGUGAGCUGCGUCACAAAUAUGGAACGCCCUCGAGUGGAAAGCUCUCGGACAGCGAUGCCGAAUCUGUGGCAUCGGAAAGCCAGCUGGCAAAGUUCUCGUCGCGUCGCAGUCGCAGCAGAUCAGAAAGUCGUAGGCGGUCGCCACCGCCGGAAACACAGCACAGCAGACGGAGCAGCAGCCGAACGGAAAGGAGGAGACGCACAAGGACGCCCAGUCCAAAGUACAACCGUAGGCAGCGUUCGCGCUCCCGAAGCGGAAGUCGCGUGGAGCGGAAGCGACGUUCCCACAGUCGACGGCGCAGUGGCAGCCGUGAUCGGCGCCGUUCCCGCAGCCGGAGGAGUCAGUCCAGGCGGCGGAGGCAGCGGGAACGCAGCAUUGAGCGGAACCGCGAGCGGGAACAGUACAGGCAACAGCAUCAGCAGCAGAACGAACGUAUGCGUGGUCGUGAUCGCGACCGGGAGGCGGAUUACGGUCAUGGUGGCAGUGGUUCUUCGAAUCGAGGACGCGUCGUCAUCUCCGCCCCGCCAAAGCUCAAGAAACUGGUUGACUAUUGAUCCCGAAAUCGUUGUGAAGGAGACGUUUUUCUAUUCACUUGAUUAUACAUUUGAUAUUCGCUCGAUUGUUUAUGCAUAUAUGUACGAUUUAUUUCUGGAGCGUGUUUUGCGCUCCCUGUUGAUUCUGGCCCCAAUAAAAUAUUUAUAGCGCAUAGUAUUAAAGUUACAACUUUUAAAGAAGAA